GGGGCAUGGAUCUCAGAAGAGCGGAGCUAGGGGUGGCACUGAGGACAGGUGCGAGAGAAAGGAGACCCAGGAGUCCAAUCUCUUCUAGUGACUCGAUUUGAGUGCAGAUCAAGGGCAUAGUAAGGAGAUUUCGGCGGUUUAAAAUCUCACAGUGGAAGGGAUUAAUGCAAGGAGGGCGGGCAGGUGCAGUGGGUGGAGCCUUCCUGAUCCCAGGACCGAAGGAUGGCGGCCCUUGUCCGCCUGCUGGAACGUCUCCUCUGGCCAGCUUGCAAGAAAGAGGAGGCGAAGGAGGAGGAGAAGGAGGGGCGCAGGGCUCCCGACAGACCUCGGUUCCUCCUGGACGCGCCGCGAUGCACUCAGCGGCCGCACGGCGGUGCGGCAGCAUCUUGGGACCUGCGCUUCGGGGCGAGCGCAGCGCAGGGCUGGCGCGCGCACAUGGAGGACGCGCAUUGCGCUUGGCUUGCGUUACCCGGGCUGCCCACGGGCUGGGCUUUCUUUGCUGUCCUCGACGGCCACGGCGGGGCGCGAGCAGCCCUCUUUGGCGCGCGCCACCUGCCGGGCCACGUGCUCGAAGCGUUGGGCCCGGCGCCUGGCGAGCCCGAGGGCGUGUGCCAGGCGCUUCGCCGCGCCUUCUUGAGCGCAGACACACGCCUGCGCUCGCUCUGGCCCCGUGGCGAGCCGGGCGGCUCCACCGCGGUGGCAUUGCUCGUCUCCCCGCGCUUUCUGUACCUGGCACACUGCGGUGACUCUCGCGCGGUGCUGAGCCGCGCAGGAGCUGUGGCCUUCAGCACGGAGGACCAUCGACCCCUCCGGCCCCGGGAACGCGAGCGUAUCCAUGACGCGGGCGGCACCAUCUGCCGCCGGCGCCUCGAGGGCUCGCUGGCAGUGUCGCGAGCGCUGGGCGACUUUGCCUACAAAGAGGCUCCAGGAAGGCCCCCUGAGCUGCAGCUUGUUUCCGCGGAGCCUGAGGUGACCGCCCUGGCACGGCGGGCCGAGGACGAGUUCAUGCUCCUGGCCUCCGAUGGUGUGUGGGAUGCGAUGUCUGGUGCUGCCCUGGCAGGACUGGUGGCAUCACGCCUCUGCUUGGGCCUGGCCCCAGAGCUUCUCUGCGCGCAGCUGUUGGACACGUGCCUGUGCAAGGGCAGCCUGGACAACAUGACCUGCAUCCUGGUCUGCUUCCCGGGGGCCCCCAGGCCUUGUGAGGAGGCGAUCAGGAAGGAGCUAGCGCUGGAUGCAGCCCUGGGCCGCAGGGUCGCUGAGCUGUGUUUCUCUGCCCAGGAGCCUCCCACCCUGAACAAGGUUUUCAAGACUCUGGCCUCUGAGGACAUCCCAGAUUUACCUCCUGGGGGAGGGCUCUAUUGCAAGGCCACUGUCAUCGCUGAAGCUUAUUCUCAGCUCUUCCAGGCCUCAGGGGAGCACUUGGAGAAAGUGCGGAAUGGGGCUGGGAAGGCCACUGGCACCCAUUCAAGCUCUGCCUUGGACUUCCAGGCCUGACAGCUGUCAUUCUUUGAGGCCCCUCUGUUGUCCUUUGGGGCCCCAAGGGAACUUAGAAACCUCUUCUUACCCAGCUACGCAGAUCAGCGGAAGGAAGACGAGCGGAGAGAGGAACCCCAGAAUGUUAUUUCCCCUUCUCCUACUUCCCUCUCACAAAAUGUCUUAUGAGGGGGAAAUUCCACUCACCAUCUAGAUGGCCAAAAAAAAAAAUCCCAAACAAAAUGUUUGUGAACUAUUCAGAGCUGAACAGAUUCUGAGAGAUCACCAAGUUUAAUAAUGUUCUCUUCCUUUCCCACUUUUCAUUUGUUU